UUCAUAGGUACCUUAAUCCUAGCUUUAAUCAAGUGAAGUGACUAAAUAUAAUUUCUAAAGGAAAAUUAAAGUUUUAUUAGGCUUUACGUAUUCGUUAGAUCCUAAUAUCUAGUGUGGACCUAAAGCAUUAUAUUAUAUUUUUCGGAGCCACAUCUGCGAAUGCAGAUUGUGUUGUACCUUCGUGACUGAACAUACCAAAGUAUCAUUGACGUGUGUUUCUAUUUACUAUUGCGACGAAUCACCUUACUAUGUUCAAUUUCAUGAAAAAGGGAGUAUCGACUGAUGAUCGUGAUGGAAAAGAUCGUCGUAAAAAAGAAAAAAAAAUGCGCAAGGAAUCCAAAUCUAUUGGUGUACCAGGAAGCAUGAGUACAGAGGAGCUAUUAAGACUGGAUGAGGUGCGAAGAUCUUUGAAAAUACGUAGUCGUCGGAAGGAAAAAGAUAAGCUACCUAGUGGAAUUACUGCGGAUUAUAGUGCAUCGUUUUUUGCGCAACUUGAUACCGACCGAGAAUUGGAGCAAGAUCGAGGAACUGAAGAAGUAAUUGCGCUGGCAAAUACCACAACUUAUAUGGACAGCAACAGUGCAAAAAUCGAACGAGUAUCUUUUACAACUGCCAAUGUAUCGAAGUCGGAUAGUUCCGAAGCAUCUAUGAAUUCAGUUAAUGCUGAUCAGCAUACCAAACCUUACAUGCCCGUUCCACCCAGGCCCCCUAAGCGGGGUAUUCUUAAAGGAUCCAGAUUAAUCUUAAAUGAGCAUCUUGAUAUGGAAACUUCGAUACCAGUGGGUAAUAAACUAUUACAUAUCAUUGAACAUGAGCCUUCAAAAGCGUUGCUGCGCCAUUCUUUAGAUAAUUUAAGGAAUAUGCCAAUGGUCACGAUUUCGUCAUCACCCAGCGCAGAUAGUCUUACCGAUACUACUAAUUCCUCUUUUGCUACUCCGCCAUAUUCGUUGAGCCCUAUUGGUGAAUGUGAAGGUUCAUAUCGUUGGUCACGAGUGCAAAGUUUUGAUGGUAUUAAUCUUCCGUUACCUGCUAUUAAGCUAAUUAAAUUACCACCGUCUCGAGAUCUGCAUAUUUCGAGACAGAAAACACCCCGCAGUGAUUUUGGAUUCAGUUUACGAAAAGCAAUGAUUCUAGAUCGGACUACAUCUGUAUUAUCACCCACAUUUCGGCAGGUUAUAUUUGCUGAACCUAGUGCCAAUAAUAAUUUUUACACUGGAUUGCUUCCGGGAGAUCGAUUAUUGAAAGUUAAUGGAAUAAAUGUUGAAGAAUUUCAUCGAGAAGCAAUAAUUGAAAUUAUUCGUAAUAGUGGAAAUACCGUAAAUGUUCAGGUACAACCAGUAGCUGAACUAUUGGAGCUAUCUCGUCGUUGCAUGACUUUUGUGAAUGGUGAAUAUGAUUACACCUUAGCGAUGAAUGUUCUUGAGUGCAAUACAUUACGCCGAAGUGCUAGUAAACGAUUCAAAGCAGAGAUAAAACUAGAUCGCGAUGAUCAAAGCGAAAACAGCAAUGAAAGAGUUUGGUUAAUCCAUCGUGAAGGUUUCACUGCAGCAUUUCAACUUUCUCAUAUUUCAUCGGAUCAGAAUAAAACUUUAAUACAACUGGAACACAAUGGAGAAGAACUUAGUGUAGACGAUGAUGAUAUCGAAAAGGCAAAUCCUGCGUCGCUCGACUUAAUUGAAGAUAUCUGCCAAUUACAACACCUGAAUGAAGCGUCAGUCCUAAAUGUUAUUCGACAACGCUACGCUAAUAAUUUGAUCCAUACGCGUGCUGGCCUAGUAUUGAUGGUAGUUAAUCCAAUGUUACCCUUAUCGCUUUACUCCGAGAAGGUUGUGUCAAUGUUCCGCGGAUGCAAAACCGAAGACAUGCCUCCGCAUGUGUUUUCCAUGGCACAAACUGCAUAUAGGACUAUGCUAGAAACACGUCGUGACCAAAGCAUCAUCUUUAUGGGUCGUUCUGGAUCUGGAAAGAGCACUAGCUUUAAGCAUGCCUUGUAUUAUUUAGCGUUAGCUGCAGGUUCAAAUAAUAAUAUAUUUCCUACCGAGCGUGUGAGUGCGAUAAAUAUGAUACUGGAGUCAUUUGGCAAUACGAAAACAUGUCUCAACAAUAAUGCGACUCGCUUUACUCAAAUAGUUAACUUAGAUUUCGAUUCCUAUGGCCAAAUAGUUUCAGCUUCGGUGCAAAUGUUGUUAUUGGAAACAUCACGUGUCGGUAGGCACAGCAUAAGCGACCAAUACUCUUUCCAUAUUUUUGGCCAAUUAAUUGCUGGAGUCGAAGGAAAACUCCAAAAAGAAUUAUAUCUAGACUCAAUUGAUUUUAAUGAUAGCAAUCUUUUUGUUAAUCUUUCAACUAGGCCAGAAGAUAAGCAGAUAGCUGUGAACGAUUUUAUGCGCUUGCAACAAGCAUUUAAUGUUCUUGAUGUUGAUCAAUCGGCUGUUCGAGCUUGUUGGUUUAUUAUUGCUGCGAUAUAUCAUUUGGGAAGUGCUAAUUGUUCAAUUGUUGGAAAAGGCUCGACAGCACGAGCGCAAUUUGCGAAUCCAUCAGCCGCACGAAAAGCUGCUAGUUUAUUAGGUGUAUCGAUGGAUGAUUUGAUUGCAGCAGUAUUUUCCAAUGUUAGUGCUAAGCCAAACCAAAAUUCAUCCCCGACACAUGAUUUGUUCUUAGAAAGUCCCGAUUUGCUAGCAAAAGCUUUGAAUAGCUUGGAAGGCUUUGUUAUUGGACUUUACAUCGAAGUCACAACAGCAGUAGUUGCAUCAAUAAACAAAGCAAUCAAUACAUCGAGUAACGCUAUAGCCUCUCUUUUACUGAUUGACAUGCCAGGCUUUCAAAACCCGGCCAGUUGUGGACAACAAAUUAGUGCUUCAUUAUCUGAUUUAAUACAUAAUUACCUACAAGAGCGUUUACAACUAUUAUUUUACCAAGCCCAUUUGGUGUCACCACGUAAUCGUUACGCACAAGAGCUUAUAGAAAUAGAUACUGGUAUUCUCCAUGAAACACAUCCAGGGCCAAUGGUGAACCUUCUUGAUAAAAUACCACAAAGUCACGUUGUUCGAACGUCACAGAACAAUUCACGUGAUCAUGAUAAACGGGGCCUGUUGUGGAUGAUAGAUGAAGAAAUAAUGUAUCCUAAUUCUAGUGAUGACUCUUUUUUUGAGCGCAUAUUUUCGUUGUAUGUAGAUCGCGAAAGCCAAGCUUUGAUUCAAAAAGGGCCUGGGCCACGACAGUUUAUUUUACAACACAUGCAAGGAACCAAUCCAGUAGCUUAUAACUCUACGGGCUGGUUGAAAGAGAUUUAUGAAAAUGCGUCAAUACAACGUGCACGAGGAUUUCUGCAAGAGUGUUCUAAAAUCGAGUUUAGCAAACUUUUUACUCCGGAUCUUGUACGAAGUACGGGGUCUAUUUAUGUUGGAUUCACUGACGGAAAUCAAUCUCUUCGCCGGAUCUCAAGUGUACGACGCUCAUUUACAGCCACUGGUGUCAAACGAAACUCCGUAAUGUUGCAAGUUAAAUCUGCAGUAGACGGCAUUAUAGAUACAUUGAGGCGAACAGGUAUGCAUUUUGUUCAGUGUUAUCUGUUGCAACCUAAUGCAGGUACUACUAAUUAUAUGAGUUCCAACACCAAUUAUUCGGAUACCAACGAUAUAGUUAAUGUGCCGCUCCUAAGAAGUCAGUUACGAGGUUCACAAAUCUUGGAUUUUGCCAGAAUGCAUCGGUUUGGAUUUCCAGUCGGUAUGCCUUUGGCGGAGUUCGCUCGUCGUUUUGGUUUAUUAGCUGAUGGAAACUUUGGUGACGUUUCAGUAGAUAGGAUUUUGAGACAGAGUGAAAUAGAUCCAUCAGUUUAUCGUAUUGGACCUAGCCAGGUUUUGUUUCGUUCAGGCGUGCUUAAUCAACUAGAAGCGAAACGUGAUGAGUUGAUAUCAGAUAGGAUUAUUCAACUGCAGGCCGUCUGCCGUGGUCAUUUAGCUAGAAAAAGGCUCGUAGAAAGGCGUAUACAGGAACUCGCCGUCAGAUGUAUACAACGUAAUGUGCGAGCUUUUUUGAAAGUCCGCGGAUGGUCUUGGUGGAGAUUGUUAGUUAAGGUUACACCUUUACUAAACGUUCACCGUACUGAAGAGCAAUUAAAACUUGCAAAUUGUGAGUUGGAAACGCUGAAAGCUAAAUUGGCAAAAUCUGAAAUCGAACGGAACAAGCUCAAGGCGGAAUAUUCCAAGUUAGAACUAAGAUUUUCUGAGAUGUCCACCGAAAUAAAUGAGGAACAUUCGUCCGUAAAUUUAAUAAGUGAGCGUUUAAAAGCGGAAACAAUAGAGAGACUAAGGCUCGAGAAAGAGGCAAAAGAGCAUGAAGUUAAAUAUCGUGAUCUGCAAGAAUCAUCCGAAAAACUUGAAAUUGAAUUAUUGUUGGCUAAAUCUGAUUUAAGUAGCGAUCUGGUUGACUAUCUUGAAAACGAUGAAACAGACAACAACGUUUACAGGCUUAAAUAUGAGCGCGUGGCUCGAGAGCUAGAAUUUACGAAAAAACGCUUACAAGCGCAGCAUGAGCAUGAUCUGGAACAGCUGAUAGGGUUGAAAAAACAAUUGGAAAAAAAGUUGGCUGAUUCCCACGAAGAAGUUGAAGAACAGCGACAAAUCGUGAAUCAAUGGAAGCGCAAGGCCCAAAAAAUGAACAAUGAAAUGAACGAUUUGCGAAUGCUACUCGAGGAGCAGAAUAGUCGCAACAAUUUGCUAGAGAAGCGCCAACGCAAAUUUGAUUCCGAAUGCCAAGCUUUACAGGAUUGUAUCCGUCAAGAAAGACAAAAUAGAGAGCGUGUGGCACGCGAAAAAGAUGUUCUUAGUGCUGAGAAGUUCACCAUGGAGCAAAUAUUAUCGGAUGUUCGUCUUGAGCUUGAACUGAAAGAAGAAAAAUACAAUGCUCUACAGCAGGAAUUGGAAGAAAUGUUCGGUGGUGGCAGCGAAGAAGAGAUGGCUCAGCUAAAACGCCAAAAGCUCGAGCUUGAUCGCCAUUGUAAAGAACAAGAGGACGAGUUGGACGAAAUGGCGGGACAGAUACAGCUGCUUGAGCAAUCUAAGUUACGAUUAGAAAUGUCACUGGAAACAAUUCGAAAAGAAACUCGGAAAGAGUCCCAACAGCGAGACGACGAAUUAGAAGAAAUUCGUGGGAGUACGUAUAAAAAAAUUAGAGCUCUGGAAUGCCAAUUGGAACAAGAACAUGAAGAACGCACUCUAUUGCUUAGAGAAAAACAUGAACUAGAGCGACGCGUUGAUAAUCUUGAGGAACAACGACGUGCUGAAAGAGCAACUGAAGAAGCCGCCAGUCAAAAGCUCAAACGUGAUGUUAGAAAAUAUAAAGCCUUAUUGCGUGAUGCACAAAAUCAACUUGAACGAACUAGAACUGAUUCUGUGAGCAAGGCGCUUAUUCGACAAUUGCGGAACCAACUAGAAGAUGCAGAAUCUGCACGUUCUACUGCUAUAAAAUGCAGGCAGAUCGCAGAAGCAGAAUUAAGAGAGACUCAAUUAAUGUUAGAAGAAGCUCAACGUAUAAGAUAUGAUGCUGAAGAAAAAGCUUUGGCAGCUCAGCGAGAUCGGGCGGAAUUACAGGGCCAGUUUGAUGAAAAUGAGGAAGAACUGUCAGAGUUAAUGAAAAAAUAUAGUUCUGUUGUCAAACAAUUAAGCUCAGAACAAGCAAAGUUGGCAGAUUAUGAGAUUAAAACAUCUGAGCUUGAGUCAGAAAAAAAAAAGUUUAAAGACCAAAUAGCGGAGUUGACUAGUCGACUCGAAAACGUAGAAAUCAUUGGUGAAUCAUCAUCUAGUAUACAACAUAAGCGACUUGAGUUACGUAACAGAGAGUUAGAAUCCCGAUUAGAGUUGGAACAAGCUAAUCGAGCUCGAACGGAAGUACAGUUGCAACGACACAAAGAUUCUUUAGAAAAAUUGCAACAAGAGGUUAAUCAAACUCGGAACAAAGAAGUGAAUGCGCAAGAUGCACUUAAAAAAGCGCAGAAAAUCAUACGAGAGCUUCAGGAACAGCUACACAUCACCUCUAAUAAGGAACAAGAAACUUUAUCAAAACGAAAAGAUCUUGAGAAAAAGCUUGAAUCUAUUGAAGCGGAAGCUUUUUCGGCCCGUGCUGAUCUUCGAUUAGCACUUCAACGCAUAGCGGAUUUGCAACAAGCUAUGGAAGAAGGUGAUUCGUAUCAUACAGAUAGCGAUAGUUCGGAUGAAUCUUACAAUGACGUGAAAUAUCGUAGUCCAAGCAACAUAUCUCUGAGAGAAACAUCUGGAUCACCCAAUGGCAGUAGUGAAAUAUUAUGCAUUCGUGAAGAAACAAUAAAUUCACCAAGAAUAACUCUUACGACGUCGAUUGCAAUGGCUCCGAAACCCGUCAUUAAUGAAUUAAGUGAAACCAGCCAAUCUGAAACUCAUCUUAUCAACGGAGAUACUAGUAAUGGAGAGUCUUCUUACGCUUGAAUUUUCUCAAAACAACAUAAAACUGCGACCCAUUUACACAGCGGACCUAUUUAUAGAAAAUCACGUAUCACCAACUACUAUUAUUAUUGUUUGUUUAUCGUAAUAUGCUCCCGUAUGAAGCAAUUGGAUGUUUCAUAAAAAAAAGAAGAUAAUUCAAUACUAUUUCAAAAAUGCUCAUUAAUCGAAGUAAAUUUUUCAGACUAUAGUGAAUUUUACGCGCUUUGAAAACUUAUAUUAAUAGUAACUAUUUGAUGUUAGCAAUGGCUUCGAUUUUUUAUUUCAAAAUUUUGUUGGAAUGCUAAAUGUCUUACAUUUUCCGUGAGUGUAAAUUCGCAAUUAUUUGUUAUCCUUGAGAAUAUUUAUAUAUGUAUAUAAUUAUAUUAUAUGUUGUAUCAGUUUUUCAAUUGAGUUACAUAC